GAUUAGAAAUUGUAGAGCUAUACACCUCUAAAGUAACUAGCCUUAGGUUCUAAGUUGGUACUACCCUAAGUUUUUCUCAUUUAUAUCUCACUACAUAUCUCUCAACCUCUCAACCUAUUCCUUACAACAAUAAAUUCCAUACAACUACACCAACAACCACAUCCAAUACAAGGCUUAUUUUUUCAAGGAAUUGGAUGUUGGUUGCGUGCAUGUUACAAGUGCAAGAGUAAGCGAGACUCAGAUUUUAUGAGUUUUGGUGGAGUAAACUUGAGGAGAAAGUCUGUCUUGCAAUGUGAACCACUACAAAAUUCAUCAAGUCCUGUUACGUGUACUGCUUCUCCAUUGUCAAACAUAACAAAUGUUAUUGUCACAACGCCAUUUGAUCGUUUACCUUCGACUCCAUUAACUCAUGCCAAUUCUUCAUCGCUAAAUUCAAAAAUCCGAGACACAUCUCUACUGAAGAGUUGUGUUACACAGGACAACGUUGGUGAGCAAUGGAUUUUUUUUGAAGACGAUGAUGAUGCAAGUGAUGUCUACACUCGAGAAAGCAUACGUGAAAGUAAAUUUCUUGCAUGGAUGAAAGCGAAUGAAAAAUAUCCUUUGGCAAAGACUUUAACUUAUGCUGAGUUUCCUCAAAAGUUUGUUUGGAAGGCUGACCAAAACAUGUUUGGGAAGAAUGUUGGGAAUUCAUGGCGAUGAUAUACUACAUCGCCAACGUUGUCUUCUAAGUCAUCAAGGUUUGACCUUAACCGAGGAUCAAAUCAAGAAUUAUGCCUUGA